GCAGGGUCGUAACAGGCAUCGUCAAACAAAACAGAGAAACUAGAGGACAAACUUUUAUAUCAAUGUAUUCAGAUUAAUCUCAUCAUACUCCGGACUUCAUUCAUCAUAUUCGUAAAGUUAAUGCGAUGAGCGCAGGUCACUGCAUUCACAAUCACAGUGCGCGUGAAGCGUCUUUAUAAAUAAGUCAAUAUGAUGUUGCUCGAGUCUGUUGUGUGGACAACUUUUUUAUUUACUUUUAUGAAAGCCAGCAUCCCAGACAUGGAAACACCAGACAUGGAAAGCGGUUCCGGGAUGAUCCUGACAGAACAAAUAGACCUUCUCGAUCAUCUAUGGCAGGCGGCCAAUCACAGCAACGCAUCUGUAACACAGGAGGGUCACGGAUUUCCAGUCCUGCAUGUCGGCCUGUACUCCACCCUCUCUAUUCCCCUACGGCAGGUGUUUGGAAACAGAUUUGAUAGUGAGUUUAGUUUGAUGCUGCAUCUGCGCAGUUUCCAGUCUGAAGACCACAGCGUGCUCACCUUCCUCUCCCCAGAUGGGCACAUUCUACUGCAGGUCCGCAUCAGUGCCUACACCCUCACCUUCAUCAGCACCCAACAGCGCCACUACGAGUUUCCUGUGGGAGUGCUGUCUGACGGCGCCUGGCAUCGCGUGGCGCUCAGCGUCUCCACAUGCCGCUUGGCAUUGUAUGUGGAUUGCGCCAUGGUUGAGAGCGUGGACUGGGCUUACAGAGACGGUCUGGGGAUCUCAACAGAUGGUCUGGUCAUGGUUGGAGGAAUCGUAGAGGGAUUUGAGACACCAUUUGAGGGCGAUCUGAUGCAGGUCAGGUUUCUGAUGGGAGACCCAGAUGCCGCGCGGGAUCAGUGCGGCAGAAGAGGACACAAACCGCCUCGUUCUCCACGCAUACACACGCAGGAGGAACUUCUGCUAUCCUCAAAUAACUUGGAGGACUUAUUAGAGACAGCCGAGGACAGAGACUCUGUUCGUGCAAAACUGACUGGUCUGCGGAGACGUGGGAUUACACGUGGUGACGGGACUCUACCCACUGGACCCAAACGUCCCGGCGUUGUGGUGCGUGGUGACGUUUUUGAGGUGGACGAGGAUACGGACCUUGUGGACCAAAACAUCUUGUCCAAAAAUGGUGGCAAACAUUCAAAGACCUUCCCAACUGCAGGCAGCCGGGACGCCAAACCAGAAUCAACGUCUAAACAUUUAGAUGAAAAUAUUACCACAGACAAGCAAAAAACUGGCAAAGUUUUACUAAAGAAACCAGGGGAUACCACAAUUAUCAAUCUGGAUGUUAGAGAACCUUUCGUAUUACCGGACAAGCCCACCGGAGGUACUGAAACCACCUCCAGUCCUAAAGUCAAAGAGAAUCUGGACCAGGGAACCACCAUCGCACCCAGAGUUCCUGACGUUUCCAUAGGAUCCGGAGGUGACUCUGAGGAGCGUCCACAUACUGUUAUACUUGCAGGCAGGCACGGGGUCCUCGUCCAAGGCUCUGACGGAAGGAUGUAUCGCCUCCAGAGGGGCCGUCCGGGGCCAAUUGGGCUACCUGGUGAGCCUGGAUGUCCUGGGAGUCCUGGCUAUCCAGGAGCUAAAGGUGAUAAGGGUGCCGUUGGGUCACAGGGACGUCCAGGUCACCCCGGAGUCUCAGGACCCCCCGGGCCACCAGGACUGCCCACCCUCUACCUGUGGAGAAACACACCUGAUGAAUGGGCUACAUUUCAGCAAACCUCGUUCUUCCAGCUUCUCAGCGCAGGCUGGCCUAGAACGCAGGGUCCACCUGGGCCGGAGGGGGAGAUGGGAAAACCUGGGCCGCAGGGCCCACCCGGAGAACCAGGUGAACAAGGGCCUCCAGGAUACAUGGGAGACAUGGGUGAUCGCGGCCCAAAAGGUGUGGUAGGAAGAGCAGGUGUCCAUGGAAAAGAUGGAGAAAACGGGUUGGAUGGACCUCAGGGUGAUCCAGGGAUUCAAGGGCCAAAGGGUCCGUUGGGCUAUAAAGGAGAAUCAGGCUCACAUGGAGAAAAGGGCGAGGAGGGCCUUAUAGGACCAGAAGGCUCUUAUGGGGAUCUGGGAAAAGCCGGUGAGAAAGGUUCAAAAGGAGCUCCAGGCCCUCCUGGUCCUGUCGGCCCUCCUGGUCCUCAUGGGAUCAGAGGGCUGGAGGGAUCCGAAGGGCAAACCGGGCCAGAUGGGGAUGAUGGGUUAAAUGGACCACCUGGUCCUCCAGGUACACCAGGACCUCCUGGUUGGACAGGUGUAGUUGGUGCGCAGGGGCCUAACGGGUCUCGCGGGGAACCUGGGCCUUCAGGAUCUGUUGGCCUUCCGGGUCCACAGGGUCCUCAGGGAUUAGAGGGACAGAUCGGACCUCCAGGGCCCAGAGGUCCACAGGGGCUGUCAGGCAGGGAGGGUAUACCUGGCCCGAAAGGGGAACCCGGACCUGCAGGGCCUGUAGGCCCCCGUGGGGAGCUAGGAUUUGAAGGACUUAAGGGUUUGUUGGGAGACCAGGGUCCAAAGGGAUUUACUGGCAUCAAUGGCAAUAAAGGACCUGAAGGUGACAAGGGAGACAUCGGACCUAAAGGAAAUAAAGGUACUAAAGGUUCUUUAGGAAUUCAGGGCCUUCAAGGCGAGCAAGGACCAACAGGAUUUCCUGGUUUCCCGGGCAACAGAGGUUUACCAGGACCACAAGGAUUUCAGGGUGAGGAUGGUGAUGCUGGUCCACAUGGCAAAUUAGGCAAGGAGGGGCCGAAGGGAAACCGAGGUACCGAAGGCCUUCAGGGAAAGCCUGGUCCUAGAGGGCUAAGGGGUCGAACCGGGCAGAGGGGUCACACCGGCAUGCCCGGACUUCCUGGUUUGCCUGGCUCACCAGGACCUGUCGGAGCUGAAGGAAAGCCUGGUACACAGGGACUGCAAGGCCUUGUGGGUAAUGCAGGAAGUAAAGGACCAAUGGGAUUGCAAGGAGUUGCUGGAGAGCCUGGUCAGGACGGACCACCGGGGUCCAUGGGACCACCUGGACGAGAGGGGCCUCUGGGCAGUCCAGGACCACCAGGUGAACGGGGUUUCACUGGAAAGACAGGACGCGAGGGACCGCAGGGCCCCGUUGGCAUGUAUGGUUUUCCUGGAAAUGUAGGCAUGAGAGGAAGACCAGGCAACACCGGAGAAAGAGGAGAGCCAGGUAUAAGAGGCCCUGCAGGUUCUCCUGGGAAGUCUGGACCCUCGGGUCCCCCUGGUCCAGUAGGAGAGAGGGGCCUGCCAGGACAUCAGGGCCGCCAGGGAGAUCCCGGGCCUCAGGGAACAGAUGGACCUUGUGGACCACCAGGACUGCAGGGAUUCAGUGGGGUCAUUGGAAAACCGGGACCUCGUGGAAGUAACGGACCACUGGGGGACACAGGGCCAAGCGGACCUUUGGGAAUUCCUGGUCCUCAGGGGGAAAAUGGAGGGCCAGGUGUGGAUGGGGAGAAAGGAGAGAAGGGAAUGAUGGGUCCUCCUGGUGAAGAUGGGCCUCUUGGACUAGAAGGACCUCAGGGUUUUCCUGGUCCACCGGGUUUGGAAGGACCUCCUGGAUGGAAAGGGGAUAAGGGAGAUAAAGGUGUCUUUGGAAAGUCUGGUCCUCAGGGACAUAAAGGAGAUGUUGGCCCUCCAGGUAUAAAGGGUCUAAUGGGUCCACCAGGGCCUGCAGGUAGAGAGGGUGAUGCUGGUCCGUCUGGUGUUGUUGGUGACUCAGGCCCUAAAGGAGAGAAGGGUGAUAUCGGCCCACUGGGGUUUACAGGUUUGGAGGGGCCAUGGGGAGAUGUGGGAGAACAGGGAGAGAAGGGACAGAAGGGAAAUAAAGGUCACAUUGGACUGCAGGGUGAACCAGGGCUCAUGGGUGGGGUCGGUCCUGCAGGUCUGAAAGGUGUGGAGGGUGGACCGGGUCAUCCAGGUCCAGUGGGGGCAGAUGGAUCUCCAGGAAACAAGGGAGAGCUCGGUCCCAGUGGUUUACCCGGCGAACCAGGAAAUGCUGGACCUGAGGGAUUUGGAGGUCCCAAAGGUGUGAGAGGUGAGACAGGAAAAGACGGGUCACAGGGUGGUGUUGGCCCCGUCGGUCCAGAGAGUCCUGUAGGCCCAAAAGGUCUUCCGGGACCUGUAGGAGAGAAAGGAGAUCCGGGUGAUAAAGGAGAACUAGGGCUGGAGGGGCCCGAUGGUCUUCCAGGCAUUCAGGGACCACCUGGACUGCCUGGUUUAGAGGGCUCACAAGGUGAAUCAGGGGUAGUUGGCUUACCAGGACAACCAGGAUCUCUGGGUCGCACAGGUAACACAGGACCCGAAGGAAGGGAAGGGAUGAAAGGAGAGAAGGGGGAUGAAGGCAAAAACGGAGCAUCGGGGAAAACGGGUCACAUCGGACGGAGGGGUAAAAGAGGGAAAGCAGGGUUGAGAGGAACCAGAGGACCAAGAGGAGAAAAGGGCGUGAAAGGAGAUGUGGGAGAGAAAGGCCAUCCUGGAUGGGGCGGUAGUAUAGGAAUGCCAGGCAUGAGAGGAGAUCCUGGGGCCACGGGUGUUAAAGGAGCUGAGGGUGAGAAGGGAGAUCACGGCCCACUUGGUCCACCAGGAAAAGUCAGUUUAAAGGGUAGUCUUGGGCCUAUUGGACCUCCUGGACCUCCAGGACCAAAAGGAGAACAGGGGAGGAUCGGCCCUGCUGGGCCCAGAGGAUUACCUGGAAUACCUGGACUACCGGGCUUGUUUGGAGACAAGGGGCCUAAAGGGUUUGAGGGGCAUCCUGGGCUCCCUGGACAAAGGGGCUUACCAGGCCCGCCUGGGCCUCCAGGACCUCCAGGUGUCUCUCUGAACUUGACCUUGACCCAGAUAAAGGACCUGAUGUAUAGUUCAGACAAGCCCAGUUACUCUCUGAUUCAGACACUGCUGGACUCGCUGUACCAUGACCUCCGGCUGCUGGUGGACCCUCCUGAUGGCAGCAAACAACAUCCAGCCUCCACCUGUCUAGAGCUCUGGCUGUGCCAUCCCAACUACACCAGCGGUUUCUACUACAUUGACCCUAACCAAGGCAGUGCUAUAGAUGCUCUUCUGGUGUACUGUAACUUCACCGAGACAGGAGCAGAGACCUGCCUUCAUCCCAGAGAUACAGAUCUGCCCAUAAGACACUGGCUGAAUGACUCUGGGAAUAACAGCACGUUCUUCUGGUUAAGUUCACUGGAGGGUGGCUUUAAAUUUGAGUAUCCAGCCCUCAGUGUGGUCCAGCUGCGGUUUCUGAGACUGCAGAGCAACAGAGCGGAGCAGAGAGUGACGUACUCCUGUUACCCUGGACAGCGACUGGAUGAGACACAACGACAGGUCCAGUUUCUCACUGAUGCUGUGAAGCAGAGCUAUUUAGGAGCACUGCAGCAUUGUGUGUCUGCAGAGGAAAUGGAUCCCGGGUCACGAGAGUCUGUUUUCCAGUUUGAGGACAUGAACCUGCUUCCUCUACGGGACAUUGGAGUAUUUGGCAACAGCGGUCAUGAAUUUGGAUUCACCAUCGGUCCUGUGUGCUUCAGUUAGACAUGCGAUGACUUAUAGGGGUCGAUCCUGUGUUUUUACCCUUAGGUACAAACUACAAAGAGUGCAGUAAGAGAAAACAAGACACAUUAAAGGUGUACACAGUGUCUGUGGAUUGCAUUAAAGGAAAUAUCCUUAACAGUUUCUUUAAGACAGUGACUUCACAGUUUGCUGUCUGUUCGGGUGCUGACGGUCAAAUGGACAUUUUUUUGUUUACAGAGACUUUUGAUUUUGUUAUGAUGUUUUGUACUUUGUUCUUUUUUCACUAGCUGGUCUUGUAAUAACAUUGUAGAUGAAGCUUGGAUUGCAUCUUUGGGUAAUUUUGCAUCCUCAAACAAUUGUAUUGACAGGGUUCUUGUGCAACCACUAUGUGGUCCCAUGGUCCACAUUUUAGCUGUAUUCUAAAACAAAAGGCAGGCUACAAACUAUUGAGAGUCUUUUCCCUCUCAUCAAAUAGUCAAACUUGAAUAUGAACAAAGAGUCCUUAUAAGAAGGACACCGCUACCCUUCCCAUAUGGUUGCCAUACAACCAGAUGUCAAAAUGUUUCCUGUUGUGUUAUCUCUGCUUUUGUCGUGUGUAAUCUAAUAUUGUCACGUAUAAUUGUUCAAAUGUGUGAAAUUUGAUGAUUUAGGAGUGCUAAUAUUCUCAAGACAACACUUUUAAUCGGACGUUUUAAAAGGGAGUUUUACUAACCAGCAAGGUGAAAUAUUAUGCCUCUGCAACCACAUUGCAUCUGUGCCACCAGUUAUUUGAUGUGCAUUAUGGUCACGAGACUGACAUUUUCAAGCAAACAGUGUCUUUUUGUUUAUAUUUACUGUAUGUAGGUCUCAGGGAGCACUUGUAUUAAUAAAUACGACUUUGACACAGUUUAAAAAAUUACAUAGAUAUCAAAACAAUGGAAUUUGUUAAGAUUGUUAUCGAUCUUGCAAGCAAAAACACAAUUUUGAAUCUGUUCAUUGAAUUCAAGGUGCUUCACUUUAAACUCCUGCCUUGACAACUAUAUGUUCAAUUACAUUUUGUAUUGUAUAUUGUGUUUAUGUAUUUGUGGUGACAUUGAAAGUCGUAUGCUGGUCAUCUAGAGUAUCAGCUCUAUAAUAAUAAUGUAUCAUUUAUAUCAUGUUGAUGUUUUGUAUCAUUCUGAAACACGACGUUUCUUUUGAA